GUAGAAGCGAGCCGGAGGGAGGGCGGAAGGAAGGCGGCUGCGCUGCAUGCUGGGAGCUGUCAGUGCCCUCUCCGGUGUGUUUAGGCGGCGGGGGCUCUUCCGGCUUGGGACGCCAAGCUCACAACUUUACAUGAAUUACAAUCUGGUCUCUAGUGGGACUCAGCGGGAGGAUGAAUGCGGAGGAGCUGGAGCUACUGGGUGAUUCCAAGUACAGGAACUAUGUAGCAGCUGUCGACAAGGCUCUGAAAAGCUUUGAGUACUCCAGUGAAUGGGCUGAUUUAAUCUCAUCCCUUGGAAAGCUUAACAAGGUUCUUCAAAACAAUGCAAAGUACCAAGUAGUACCAAAAAAGCUGACCAUAGGAAAGCGCCUGGCACAAUGCCUUCACCCUGCCUUGCCAGGUGGGGUGCACCGGAAGGCACUUGAGACGUAUGAGAUUAUCUUCAAAAUCAUUGGGCCCAAGCGUCUGGCCAAAGAUCUCUUCCUAUACAGUUCUGGGCUUUUCCCUCUUCUUGCCAAUGCUGCUAUGUCUGUCAAACCAGCAUUACUCAGUCUGUAUGAAGUUUAUUACCUUCCUUUGGGCAAAACGUUGAAACCGGGCUUGCAAGGAUUGUUAACUGGGAUACUUCCUGGCUUGGAGGAAGGUUCCGAGUAUUAUGAGAGAACCAACACUCUGCUGGAGAAGGUAGCUGCUGCAGUGGACCAAUCAGCUUUCUACAGUGCACUCUGGGGUAGUCUUCUCACAAGUCCUGCUGUUCGGUUGCCUGGAAUUACUUAUGUCCUCUCCCAUCUAAACAGGAAGCUUUCCAUGGAAGACCAGCUUUAUAUAAUAGGCAGUGACAUUGAACUGAUGGUGGAAGCAGUAAGCACCUCAGUGCAGGAUUCCAGUGUACUAGUACAGAGAAGCACACUGGACCUGAUACUUUUCUGUUUUCCAUUCCACAUGAGUCAGGCGACGCGCCCAGACAUGGUCAGAAUUCUGUCAGCAUCUCUUCAUGUAGUCCUGCGCAGAGACAUGUCACUCAAUAGAAGGCUUUAUGCCUGGCUUCUAGGUUUUGAUAACAAUGGUGCCAUUAUAGGACCUAGAAGCACAAGGCAUAGCAAUCCUGAAGAACAUGCUACAUACUACUUCAAUUCUUUCUCUAAGGAAAUGCUAGUUCAGGCAAUGGUGGGAAUUUUGCAGAUCAAUGUGUGUGGAGAGGAGAGCACAUUGACGCAGGAUCUGAAGCCUUUUCGGAUUCUUAUCAGUUUACUGGACAAACCUGAGCUAGGACCUGUAAUAUUAGAGGAUGUACUGAUUGAAGUAUUUAGAACAUUAUAUAAACAAUGCAAAGCGGAGCUGGAUCUGCAGGUGGACUCCUCCUUCAGCAAGGACCAUGCUCAGCUAAGCAGCAAACUGAGGGAAAAUAAGAAAACAGCAGAGCUGAUUAAAACUGCCAAUCUUCUGUUCAAUUCUUUUGAGCCUUACUAUAUGUGGGAUUACAUUGCCCGUUGGUUUGAAGAAUGUUGUAGGAGGACACUGCAUGCCCGACUACAGACUGUGCCUGGAGGUGGUAGUGAGCCUGCUGAACUUCCCCUUACCAAUUUCUGCCUACUAGUUGAUUUUUUGUUGGAUAUAGUAUCUUUGCCUACUAGAAGUAUGAGAGUGCUUUGUCAGGAGACCUAUAUUGAAAUACAAACGGAACAUCUGCCUCAGCUGCUACUCAGGAUGGUCUCUGCCUUGACGAGCCACCUGCAGACUUUGCACUUGUCUGAGCUAGCGGAUUCCUUGAAACUCUGCUCAAAGAUUCUUAGCAAAGUUCAGCCUCCGCUGUUGUCCGCUGGUACUGACGGUGCCUUGCAGUUUCCGAGUAGGCACAGCAUCGUCAAAGAAUGGGAAGAAAGAAAGAUGCCACCAGUUUCUGCAGAGAACCCAAACGAUGUGUUUGAAGAUGGUGAAAAUCCUCCAAGCAGCCGGUCAUCCGAAAGUGGCUUUACCGAGUUUGUGCAGUAUCAGGCAGAUACAACUGAUGACAUUGACAGGAUGCUGAGUGGGGGGCCUGGAACAGCUGGCCUCCCCAUUAUAGGCAGCACUUCUUCAGAGACUGAGACAGUCUCCACUCUGGGUUCUGAGGAAACAAUUGUUCAGCUGUCCUCCAAGAUGACCCAGGGGACAGGAUCUCGAAGUGGGAAGACAACAACAGUUCAGAAGACUGCAAUGCAGUGCUGUUUGGAGUAUGUCCAGCAGUUUUUAACCAGAUUUAUCAACCUGUACAUCAUUCCAAGCAAUUCCUUGUCUCGGCCUUUAGCAGCUGAGCUUCAGGAGGACCUCGUCAGGGGGAAAGGAGAGGCUGCACAGUGUACCAGAGAGUCACAAGGGGAUGCAGCUAAAGGGAAAAGGACCACUAAGAAGACAUCGCCAAAGGAAUACCUCUCUGCCUUCAUUGCUGCAUGUCAGCUCUUCCUUGAGUGCUCAAGUUUUCCAGUUUACAUUGCAGAGGGAAACCACACAUCAGAAAUACAUGCUGAGCAGACAGAUAUUGAUUGUGAAGAAGAGCAGCCCCCCUUGUGGCUCCAGACUCUUAUGGGUGCUUGCAGACAAGCCAGUGAUUUCAGCAUCCAAGGUGUCACUAUUUCUAUAAUAAUGGACUUAGUGGGAUUGACUCAGUCCGUUGCUGUUGUCACUGGAGAAAAUCUGAAUAGUGUGGAAGCACCACAGCCUCUGAGUCCAAAUCAAGGAAGAGUGGCUGUUGUGAUCAGACCUCCUCUCACUCAAGGCAAUCUCCGAUACAUGGCUGAAAAGACAGAUUUUUUCAAGCAUGUGGCAUUAACACUAUGGGACCAGUUGGGUGAUGGAACUCCUCAACAUCACCAGAAGAGUGUGGAGCUUUUUUUCCAGUUGCACAAUCUAGUUCCGUCAUCUAGCAUUUGCGAGGAUGUUAUCAGUCAACAGUUGACCCACAGAGACAAGAAAAUCAGGACAGAAGCUCAUGCCAAGUUUGCAGUGCUAUGGCACCUCACCAGAGACCUCCAUAUUAACAAGUCCUCAUCGUAUGGUCGCUCAUUUGACAGGUCCUUGUUUAUCAUGCUGGACAGCCUUAACAGUUUGGAUGGUUCUACCUGGUCAGUCGGUCAGGCCUGGUUAAAUCAAGUGCUCCAACGUCACGACAUUGCAAGAGUCCUUGAACCUUUGCUUCUGUUGCUUCUCCACCCAAAAACUCAGCGCAUUUCUGUCCAGAGAGUGCAGGCUGAAUGCUACUGGAAUAAAUCAUCUUGUUAUCCUGAGGAUGAAAAUGAAAAUAAUUUUAUGCAGAAAUUUAACUGUGGCGACUCAUUUGCCCACAUGCCAGCAAGUCAGGAGCAAGAAAUUACUGCUAAAGAGAACAAUGAAAAGCAACUUGCCAUGGUGGAUGAAAUGGAGAACUUCAGUCUUACAGUCAACCCAUUAAGUGACAGGAUCUCCCUACUGAGUACCAGCAGUGAAACUCUUCCUAUGGUUGCAUCUGAUUUUGAUCUUCCCGACCAUCAGAUAGAAAUAAUGCAGAGUUCGGACUCUGGCUGUUCUCAGUCAUCUGCUGGGGAUAACCUAAGCUUCGAGGCAGAAGCUGAAAGCCUGAUGGCAACAGACAGUUCUCAGCAUUUCAGGGGAGAUUCGCCGGAUGAAAUUGUCCAGCAGGUGGUCACUGACUUGAUAUGCAAGGUUGUCAGUGGGCUUGGAGAAGAUACCGAACCAGUUAAGCAUUACCUGUAUUCAGAAGAUGUCUCCACUAAGCUAAAUGCUUUGGAUCCCUCCGAAGAUGUGGCUAAAACUGAAGACCCAAACAUUCAAGACAGCCAGAGCAGUUUGCUUAGCAAUGACAGUUCUCAAUUGCUAUCUGCCUCGACUGAGACAGGACUGGACAGCAUUUCCAACGAAAUCUCCAGAAACAAUUCCUCUCCUUGCAUCUCAGUAAGCGAGCAGAGUCUCUGCGACACAACUUCUGCGUCAGCGGAAACCAAGUCUAGGCAGAGAAGUCACAGCAGCAUCCAGUUCAGCUUUAAAGGGAAGUUCCCUGAAAAAACAUCGGAGAAAGAAACCAUCGUGAAAGAGUCCGGUAAGCAGCCGGGAGCAAAGCCCAAAGUCAAAAUAGCCAAGAGGAAAGACGACGAAAAGAAGAAGGCGCAAGCUGAAAAGCUUAAACAAACCAGUGUUUUCUUCACCGAUGGCCUCGACUUAGAAAAUUGGUACAGCUGCGGAGAGGGAGAGAUCUCGGAAAUUGAGAGUGACGCAGGGUCUCCAGGAAUGCGAAAGUCGCCCCACUUUAAUAUCCAUCCUUUAUACCAGCAUGUGCUGUUAUACCUUCAGGUGUAUGACUCCUCAAGGACUCUCUAUGCUUUCUCUGCCAUUAAAGCCAUCUUGAAAACAAACCCUUCCGCUUUUGUGAAUGCCAUCUCCACCACCAGCGUCAACAAUGCCUAUACCCCACAGCUGUCCUUACUUCAGAAUCUUUUGGCCAGACAUCGCAUAUCGGUUAUGGGCAAAGACUUCUACAGCCAUAUCCCAGUGGACUCGAACCAUAAUUUCCGUAGCUCCAUGUACAUAGAGAUCCUCAUUUCUCUGUGCUUGUACUACAUGCGGAGCCACUAUCCAACCCAUGUGAAAGUCUCCCCGCAAGACCUGAUAGGGAACCGCAACAUGCAGAUGAUGAGCAUUGAGAUUUUGACCCUUCUCUUCGCCGAGCUGGCCAAAGUGGUGGAGAGUUCCACGAAGGGCUUUCCCAGCUUCAUCUCGGACAUGCUGUCCAAAUGCAAGGUGCAGAAAGUGGUUCUGCACUGUUUGCUCUCCUCCAUCUUCAGCGCCCAGAAGUGGCACAGCGAGAAGGUUGCUGGGAAAAAUAUGGUGGCCAUUGAGGAAGGCUACUCUGAAGACAGCCUCAUCAAUUUCUCCGAGGACGAACUUGACAACUGCAGCACCCUGCAGUCGCAGCUCUUAAAAGUUCUCCAGAAGCUCAUUGUCCUGGAGCACAGAGUGAUGACUGUGCCCGAGGAGAACGAUGCAGGCUUUGACUUUGUCGUGACGGACUUGGAGCACAUCAACCCCCAGCAGCCAAUGACUUCCCUUCAGUAUUUGCACUCUCAGCCAAUCACCUCCCAAGGCAUGUUUCUCUGUGCCAUGAUAAGAGCGUUGCACCAGCACUGUGCCUGUAAAAUGCAUCCCCAGUGGAUAGGACUCAUUACUGCUUCGCUGCCUUACAUGGGGAAGGUGCUCCAAAGAGUGGUGGUUUCUGUGACCCUCCAGCUUUGCCGGAACCUGGACAACCUGAUCCAGCAGUACAGAUACGAAACAGGAUUAUCCAGCAGCAGGCCCCUUUGGAUGGCAUCAGUUACUCCACCAGAUAUGAUGCUCACUCUGCUGGAAGGCAUUACAACUGUUAUUCACUAUUGCUUGCUGGAUCCAACUGCACAAUAUCAUCAGCUUCUGGUGAAUGUAGACCAAAAGCAUAUGCUAGAAGCACGCAGUGGGAUCUUGUCUAUCCUUCACAUGAUCAUGUCAUCUGUGACUCUUCUGUGGAGCAUCCUGCAGCAGGCAGACUCUUCAGAGAAAACAGCUGCUGCAGCUGCUGCAUCCAUUACCACCAUUAACCUUGGAUCAACAAAGAACCUGAGGCAGCAGAUUCUUGAAUUGCUGGGCCCUAUCUCAAUGAAUCACGGCGUUCAUUUUAUGGCAGCUAUUGCAUUUGUGUGGAAUGAAAGGAGGCAACACAAAAGCGCUUCAAGGACUAAGGUCAUUCCUACAGCUAGUGAAGAACAGCUUCUGUUAGUGGAGCUGGUUCGUUCUAUCAGCGUUAUGAGAACUGAGACUGUUAUGCAAACAGUGAAAGAAGUCUUGAAGCAACCACCAGCAAUAGCCAAGGACAAGAAGCACCUUUCAUUGGAAGUCUGCAUGUUGCAGUUUUUCUUUGCGUACAUUCAGAGAAUCCCAGUGUCCAACGUAGUAGACAGCUGGGCCUCAUUAUUGCUUCUUCUGAAGGAUUCCAUACAACUUGGCCUUCCAGCUCCGGGGCAAUUUCUCAUACUUGGCGUUUUAAAUGAGUUUAUAAUGAAAAACCCAAAUCUGGAUAAUAAGAAAGACCAGCGAGAUCUUCAGGAUGUAACCCACAAAAUAGUGGAUGCCAUUGGAGCCAUCGCUGGCUCAUCCCUGGAACAGACUACGUGGCUAAGGCGCAAUUUGGAGGUUAAACCAUCCCCCAAGAUCAUGGUUGAUGGAAACAAUCUGGAGCCUGACGUUGAAGAUAUGUUGUCUCCAGCUUUGGAAACCUCAAGCAUAACUCCAUCCGUUUAUAGUGUCCAUGCCUUAACGCUGCUGUCAGAAGUCUUGGCUCAUCUUUUGGAUAUGGUUUUCUACAGUGAUGAAAAAGAGCGAGUUAUUCCACUUCUUGUAAAUAUAAUGCACUAUGUUGUGCCUUAUCUUCGCAAUCACAGUGCCCAUAACGCACCCAGCUACCGAGCGUGUGUUCAGCUGUUGAGCAGCCUGAGCGGCUAUCAGUACACGAGGAGAGCGUGGAAAAAGGAAGCUUUUGACCUCUUUAUGGAUUCCACUUUCUUUCAAAUGGAUGCUUCCUGUGUUAAUCAUUGGAGAGCAAUCAUGGAUAAUUUGAUGACACAUGACAAAACCACGUUCAGAGAUCUGAUGACACGUGUGGCUGUAGCUCAGAGCAGUUCACUCAAUCUGUUUGCCAAUCGGGAUGUAGAACUGGAACAGCGUGCUAUGCUUCUGAAGAGGCUGGCCUUUGCCAUUUUUAGCAGUGAAGUGGACCAGUACCAGAAAUACCUUCCAGAUAUACAAGAAAGGCUGGUAGAAAGUCUCCGCCUGCCACAAGUGCCCACUCUUCACUCCCAAGUGUUCCUCUUUUUCCGAGUUCUGCUCUUGAGAAUGUCUCCACAGCAUCUUACCUCGCUUUGGCCUACCAUGAUCACAGAAUUGGUCCAAGUAUUUUUAUUGAUGGAACAGGAACUCACAGCUGAUGAAGAUAUCUCAAGAACUUCAGGACCAUCUGUUGCUGGCCUGGAAACUACAUACACUGGAGGCAAUGGAUUCUCGACAUCUUACAACAGCCAGAGAUGGUUAAAUCUUUAUUUGUCAGCUUGUAAAUUUCUUGAUUUAGCCCUGGCAUUGCCCUCUGAAAAUCUUCCUCAGUUUCAGAUGUAUCGCUGGGCCUUUAUUCCAGAAGCUUCUGAUGAUUCAGGGUUGGAGGUGCGAAGACAAGGCACACACCAAAGGGAAUUCAAACCAUAUGUAGUACGAUUAGCAAAACUGCUGAGAAAGAGAGCAAAGAAAAACCCAGAGGAGGACAGCUCAGGGAAAAUACUAAACUGGGAACCUGGCAGCUUGCUCCUGACCAUCUGUGCUGUUCGCAGCAUUGAACAGCUUCUGCCUUUCUUCAACGUCCUGAGCCAAGUAUUUAACAGUAAAAUCACCAGCAGAAGCAUUGGUCAUUCAGGAAGCCCCAUGCUUUACCCAAAUUCUUUCCCUACCAAGGACAUAAAAAUGGAAACUCAAAAGACAUUCUCCAGCAAAGCAAGACAAAAAAUUGAAGAAAUGGUUGAGAAGGACUUUCUGGAAGGUGUCAUAAAAACAUGAAGUGUACAUGGCAAAAUGUUUAUCUUAAGUAAUGUAACUUCAAAUGAAACCACUCCAUCCUUCCAAUGUGUAUAGUUUCCUUUUUCAUACUUUGUAUGUAAUGUAUACUUCAGGAUGUAUUUAAUUUAAAUACCUGUAAAUAAGUUCUGGACGUGGCCUGAAUCAAGUUGAAAUAUUGCUGGCUCAUAUCAAUUAUGGUGCCUACUAUUUAUUGUACAUUUGUUUUGUCAUCUUGAGGUAUGUCUUUAAGAAAAUUACCAAUACAAGUUGCACAUUUUUUCUA